AUGGCUAACACGACACCUUGUGGAAAACUACUUGGUCUCUGCGAGACAUACCACGUGUAUAAGAAUUACAUCCAGUGUAUCGACAGAUCACCCCUCAACAGCAUCGACAGACCCCUCCUAAACAGCAUCGACAGUCCACCCCUCAACAGCAUCGACAGAUCACCCCUCAACAGCAUCGACAGUCUAGCCCUCAACAGCAUCGACAGUCCACCGCUCCACUGCAUCAACAGUCCACCCCUUAACAGCACCGACAGUCCGCCCCUCAACAGCAUCGACAGUCCAUCCCUUAACAGCACCGACAGUUCACCCCUCAACAGCGUCGACAGUCCACCCCACAGCAGAAUCCACAGAUCACCCCUCCACUGCAUCAACAGUCCACCCCUUAACAGCACCGACACUCCACCCCUCAACAGCAUCGACAAUCCAACUCUCCACUGCAUCAAUAGUCCAGCCCUUAACAGCACCGACAGUCCACCCCUCAAUAACAUCGACAGUCCACCCCUCAACAGCAUCGACAGACCUCCUCUCAACAGUAUCGACAGGCCACCCCUUAACAACACAGACAGCCCACCCCUCAACGGCACCGACAGUCCACCCCUCAACAGCAUCGACAGCCCACCCCUCAACAGUAUCGACAGUCCACCCCUCAACAGCAUCCACAGAUCACCCCUCAACAGCAUCCACAGAUCCCUCCUUAACAGCAUCGACACUCCACCCCUCAACAGCAUCGACAGACCUCCUCUCAACAGUAUCGACAGGCCACCCCUUAACAACACCGACAGCCCACCCCUCAACGGCACCGACAGUCCACCCCUCAACGGCACCGACAGUCCACCCCUCAACAGCAUCGACAGACCUCCUCUCAACAGUAUCGACAGGCCACCCCUUAACAACACCGACAGCCCACCCCUCAACGGCACCGACAGUCCACCCCUCAACAGCAUCGACAGACCUCCUCUCAACAGUAUCGACAGGCCACCCCUUAACAACACCGACAGCCCACCCCUCAACGGCACCGACAGUCCACCCCUCAACGGCACCGACAGUCCACCCCUCAACGGCACCGACAGUCCACCCCUCAACAGCAUCGACAGACCUCCUCUCAACAGUAUCGACAGGCCACCCCUUAACAACACCGACAGCCCACCCCUCAACGGCACCGACACUCCACCCCUCAACAGCAUCGACAGACCUCCUCUCAACAGUAUCGACAGGCCACCCCUUAACAACACCGACAGCCCACCCCUCAACGGCACCGACAGUCCACCCCUCAACAGCAUCGACAGACCUCCUCUCAACAGUAUCGACAGGCCACCCCUUAACAACACCGACAGCCCACCCCUCAACGGCACCGACAGACCACCCCUCAACAGCAUCCACAGAUCCCUCCUUAACAGCAUCGACACUCCACCCCUCAACAGCAUCGACAGACCUCCUCUCAACAGUAUCGACAGGCCACCCCUCAACGGCACCGACAGUCCACCCCUCAACAGCAUCGACAGACCUCCUCUCAACAGUAUCGACAGGCCACCCCUUAACAACACCGACAGCCCACCCCUCAACGGCACCGACAGACCACCCCUCAACAGCAUCCACAGAUCCCUCCUUAACAGCAUCGACACUCCACCCCUCAACAGCGUCGACAGACCUCCUCUCAACAGUAUCGACAGGCCACCCCUUAACAACACCGACAGCCCACCCCUCAACGGCACCGACAGUCCACCCCUCAACAGCAUCGACAGACCACCCCUCAACAGCAUCCACAGAUCCCUCCUUAACAGCAUCGACACUCCACCCCUCAACAGCAUCGACAGACCUCCCCUCAACAGUAUCGACAGGCCACCCCUUAACAACACCGACAGCCCACCCCUCAACGGCACCGACAGCCCACCCCUCAACGGCACCGACAGUCCACCCCUCAACAGCAUCGACAGUCCACCCCUUGACAGCAUCCACAGAUCACACCUCAACAGCAUCCACAAACCACCCCUAAACAGCAUCGACAGUCCACCCCUCGACAGCAUCGACAGACCCCUCCACUGCAAGAACAGUCCACCCCUCAAUAAUUUUCGCACAAUGAGAUUUUGUAAACUAUCAGCAUUAGUCAACUCCAACGAGUUAUUCACAAGGGAAAGGUCGUCCAGAUGUAGAACGGAAAAAAAAGGUUCUGUGGACAUGUGUUUUAUGCCGUUCUUGGAAAGGUCAAGUGAAACAAGGUUAUCCAGGCCCGAAAAAGAGAAGUAA